AUGCCGGCGGCAUCGCCUCAAACUAUCAAGCUGAAAUCAACCCUGCGCCUCCUCAUCCCGCGUCUGCGAAAUGCCCAGAAAAAGGACACGGCUCUGUCCAUCGCGGCCAGGCGCGAGAUGGCCGAACUGCUCUCCCAGUCCCGCGAAGCGUCCGCACGCAUACGAGUCGAGAACAUCAUCCACACGGACAUCACGGUCGAACUGAUGGAGAUUCUGGAACUCUAUGCCGAACUGCUCCUCGCACGCGCCGGGCUACUGGACAUGCGAGACAAGAACAUAAAGGAGGGCACGGCGACGGGCACUGACGACACCGGUCUCGAGGAGGCCGCCGCGAGCAUCAUCUACUCUGCCCCGCGGCUACCUCGGGACGUAAGAGAGUUGGGAAUUGUGCGGAACAUGCUCAUCGAGCGGUUUGGGAAAGACUUCGCCAUCAGAGCAAACGAGAACCAGGAUGGUUGUGUGCCCGCUAGGGUGGUGGACAAGCUCAAAGUCGACCCGCCAAGUCAGAAGCUGGUCCAGGCCUAUCUCGAAGAGAUUGCGCGGGCGUACGGCGUGGAUUGGCCACUUCACAAAGACGAAGUAGAGGCACUAAGUCGGGAGGUUGACGACGAGGACGCAGACGAAGGUGUCGGAGGUGGAAUGAAGGAGCCGCCUAUCCUCGCAGAUGGGACGACGCCCGCAACACCGACAAAGCCACACAAAAUCGAUAUUGGGUCUCUAGAAAACGCUACUCCGCCUUCGAGCCUAGCACCAGGCGGUGUGAAGAGCCCCGUAUCUGUCGCGCCUCCGGCUGCAAGGUCAGACAAUCCAAGCCCCAAAGUGAAACUCCCCGGCGGCGGGGAGGUAGCAAAAGACGACAAACCCAAGUCGGCAUCUAAGUCAACGCUAAAAGCGAAAGGUACGCCAACGGCAGGAGGGGAUGGUGUGCCCGGCAAGGUCCCCACCGUGGAUGAUUUGGCGAAGAGGUUUUCAGCACUGAAGAGAUAA